AUGUAGAGGCAAGGCAAAGGCAAGGAAAAUCUGAAAAUUAUCCAUCAAGUUGGAAAAAGAAUUUUCGCUGGUGCCUAGACGUCGUAUAUAUUUGUUAAAACUCUAAAUAGUAAAUCGAGUGACUUGUGUUUCACGAUAGCUGCAGCAUUUGCUGUAGAUCAAAAAUAAGAAUGGCCACCAUAUCAUUCGCUAAAAGUUUGGUUAACCCAGCUGUUAAACUGCUGCUUAAGCAGAACAACUGUUCACAUGUUAGAAGCAACACAGUAUCUGGUUUAACACCAUUGAGUAUUGUGCUUAGGAGGAACUAUGCAGAGAAACAAGUAUUUGAGCGAACAAAACCUCACUGCAAUGUUGGUACUAUUGGACAUGUUGACCAUGGAAAGACCACACUUACAGCAGCUAUCACUAAAGUAUUAGCCGAUGUCAAUUUGGCCCAAAAGAAAGGUUAUGCUGAUAUUGACAAUGCGCCAGAAGAGAAAGCCCGUGGUAUUACUAUCAAUGUUGCUCAUGUUGAGUAUCAAACAGAAUCUAGGCAUUAUGGCCACACAGACUGCCCAGGACAUGCUGAUUAUAUCAAGAACAUGAUCACAGGCACAGCCCAAAUGGAUGGUGCCAUCCUUGUAGUGGCCGCCACAGAUGGUGUGAUGCCCCAGACCAGAGAGCACUUGCUGCUCGCCAAACAGAUUGGCAUCCAACAUGUAGUGGUGUUCAUCAACAAGGUAGAUGCUGCUGAUCAGGAAAUGGUGGAGCUUGUAGAAAUGGAAAUCAGAGAGCUUAUGUCUGAGAUGGGUUAUGAUGGUGAUAAAAUACCUGUCAUUAAAGGAUCAGCAUUGUGUGCCCUAGAGGGUAAGAGCCCUGAAAUUGGCUCUGAAGCCAUCUCGCAGCUUCUGAAGGAAGUCGAUGCUUUCAUCCCAACACCUGUCCGUGAAUUGGACAAGCCAUUCCUCUUGCCUGUGGAGUCUGUACACUCUAUCCCUGGACGUGGUACUGUGGUUACUGGCCGUUUGCACAGAGGUGUUCUAAAGAAGGGAACUGAAUGUGAAAUUGUUGGACACGGCAAGGUCAUGAAGACAACCGUCACAGGUGUAGAAAUGUUCCACAAGACCUUAGAUGAGGCUCAAGCUGGUGACCAGUUAGGGGCUCUGGUUCGUUCAGUCAAAAGGGAACAGAUCAAGCGUGGUAUGGUCAUGGCUAAGCCUGGUACUGUUAAAGCACACGACAAUGUUGAAGCUGCUGUGUACAUCUUGAGCAAGGAAGAGGGAGGUCGCUCAAAGCCAUUUACAUCAUUCAUCCAAUUGCAAAUGUUCUCUAUGACUUGGGACUGUGCCACACAAGUUGUUAUUCCUGAGAAAGAAAUGGUGAUGCCUGGUGAAGAUGCUACGUUGCGCUUGCGACUUUUGAAGCCCAUGGUUUGUGAAACUGGUCAAAGAUUUACUCUGCGUUUGGGAGACAUAACCCUUGGAACUGGUGUUAUUACCAAAAUCAACAGCAACUUGUCUGAGGAAGACAGGCUGAAGCUUUUGGAAGGCAAGAAGGCACGAGAAAAGGCUGCUUCCAAGAAGUAAAUUUCGUUAGAUUUAAAAUAUUAAGCUUAGGACUGUAGUUCAAAUUAUUAUUGUAUGCAUUUACCAAUGUAAAGUUCAAUAAACUGUUAAAAUCUA